UGAGUCGCUGGGAAACAGAGGUUGUGUGUGUGUGCUCAUCGGGGCUAUUUCUAUGCCAUAAUAUUUGUCCAGUUUGGUUAGAUCAUGAAGAAAACAGCUUUUGCAUUAAUCGCCUUUGCUUGUGAUCGCAGCCGGACAUCGAAGAGGAGGUUCUUACAUUCCGGGCUGAAGCUCUGAAUUUUAGUGGCGCAUAUGGAGCUGAAAUCUGAAAUUGCUCAAUUUCAAGGACGCGUGUUUUUUUCUUCGAAUGAUUUGUGUUGACAAAUUGGAUUACGAGCCAUAAAGAUCAGCCUGCUUUGUAGCUUUUAUGCUUGAAAAAUUUGGCAAACAUCAUGGCAAAUGUAGGGAUUUAUAAUUAGACGUUGGGUUUCGGUUAUUUUGCGACGCAUGGCGCAGGUUUGCAGAGAGGAUGUGAUCAGACAAGGAUCUCUGGUUUCUCGCUCCGCCGCAUCCUCACAAAGUCGCUCAUGAUGCCCAGGGCCUUGCGGAGACUGGUUCAUUUGGUGCUCUUCUGCCCCUUGUCCAAAGGUCUGCAGAGUCGCCUCCCUGCCAUCAAGGUGAAGUACCUUCUCCUGGCAUGGCUUGGCAUCCUCAUUGCCAGCUGGGUCAUCUACAUGCAAUAUGCCUCUUACUCUGAACUCUGCCGCGGGCAUGUGUGCCAUAUGGUCAUUUGCGAUCACUAUAGAAGAGGCAUAAUAUCAGGCUCCUCCUGUAAGGCUUUGUGUGACCAGAGAACUCUGACUCUGCAGCACUGCAUGUCCACCUCCUCCACUUAUCAGGUGUACAGUGGACUGUGGAAGGAGAGGCCUGUUAUCAUAAAGUGUGGGAUUGAGGAUCCAGUGAAGAUUGAAGGUGCUCCUGAUUCCGUGCUGAGGCAGGAAAUGACUUUAUUCGACAAACCUACUCGGGGAACUUCUAUGGAUGAAUUCAAAGAAAUGCUGCACAGUUUUCUCAAGGCCAAUCUUGGUGAGCAGCCAUCCUUGAGCACCUUGGUGGACAGGGUCAUCACCUUAGCUGAUGUCAACCAGGAUGGCAAAGUGUCUCUAGCAGAGGCCAAAUCAAUCUGGGCUCUCCUCCAGAUAAAUGAGUUCCUCCUGAUGGUGGCGCUGCAGGAAAAGGAGCACACUGCAAAGCUGCUGGGCUUCUGCGGAGACUUGUAUGUGACAGAACGUGUGGGCCACAGCUCCCUCUACAGGCUAGAGAUUCCUCAUUACCUGCAGGCUCUGGUUCCUGAGGCCCUGAGCUCCAGCCUGAACCACUGGUUGGCACCAUCCUGGCCCCGCAGGGCACGAAUCACCAUAGGCCUGCUGGAGUUUGUGGAAGAGGUCUUCCACGGCUCCUACGGGAGUUUCCUCAUAUGUGACGCCAGCCCUCGUCAUGUUGGCUACAACAUGAAGUAUGACUGUAAGAUGGCCAACCUACGCAGCGUGGCGUCUGAGGCUGUAGUGAAGGGAUAUCUGAAGGGGCGGCGGUGUGAGACAAAUGCAGACUGUACUUAUGGCCAAGACUGUACGGCCACCUGUGACCGACUAGUGAAGCAGUGUAACACUGAGGUGGUGCAGCCCAAUCUUGCAAAGGUUUGUGUGCUGUUGCAGGAUUAUCUGCUGUUUGGAGCACCGUCAGACCUCCGUGGAGAUCUGGAAAAGCAGCUACGCACCUGUGUGACUCUCAGUGGUCUGGCAAGUCAGAUGGAGGUGCACCACUCACUAGUCCUUAACAACCUAAAGACACUACUGUGGAAGAAAAUUUCUAACACUCAGUACUCCUGAAAACAUGCUUUAUAAGAGAGCAGUGACAUGAUUUAUUUUGAUGCUACUAUGACUGUGAAUAACAGGAAACUGUGAAGUACUAGACAUACAAUAUAAAGCAGCAGAUGAUGCGGACUCUUUCUGAAAGCCUUGUACACGGCUCAUCAUGCAUUAUUGGAGAAGCACAUUCAUCUGUUAAGACAUAAUACUCUCAGGGCAAUGCCUGUAACUUAAUUUGUACUAUAAUAUGUGAACUUAUUUUAGUUUUUAAAAUAGUUUCAUAGAAUACCCUCUAAUCUGUCCCUUAUACAGACAGAAGGUCAAAUGUGACAUGAUGUGAAAGUUUUUGUACAAGUGUAAAUAAUAGUUUAUUAUUGUUCCCAGUGUAUAAAUGAACCCUAACGCAAAGCAAGGAUAAAGAAGACGAUGGGAUGAUGCAUAAAUGUAGGUAAAACUGAAUGAACCACUUAGUAUUUAUAUGAUAUUGAUCACGUAAACAAAUCAGACUUAUUAGACUGGAGUUGUGAAUGACAAUCGGACAUGAUAAGAAAAAAUCAAGAUACAUGUAAUCCACAAAU